GCGCACCACCGAUUAGACUUACCCUUCCACAUCGACCGGAGCUGGCGGUUCAUUAACACUGGAGCUAUUAAAUUAAUAACGGGGUCUCCCGUUUAAACUGCUGAGUUUAUCUCAACUACCAGCACAGUGUGAUCACUUGUGACACUCUCUGAAACGACUUUUUGUUUUGGAGAAGUCCAUAUUGACACCCCCCAAACUAAAAGCCACUGCUGCUGCUUAUCACCCUCAAAAUGGUUCAAAACAAGAUCACAGAAGUCACUGGAUUCCACUGCUCUUUCAAGGGUCAGAAUCCUUUCCAAUCAGAGGACUUCACCAAAAAUGGAUCCAAUCAUCUCGAUUCUUUUAAUUUUGAUUCCUCCUCAAGACAUGACAUGCCCUCCAGCAAACCUAUUGACAUCCCUGAUGCCAAGAAAAGAAACAAGAAGAAAAAGCGUUGUCGUGCAACUGAUAGUUUUUCUGGACGAUUUGAAGAUGUCUACAGAUUGCAGGAGGAGGUACUUGGUGAGGGUGCUUAUGCCAGAGUGCAAACAUGCAUCAAUCUCAUCACCAAUAAAGAAUAUGCUGUCAAGAUCAUAGAGAAAAGACCGGGUCACAGCCGUAGCCGAGUCUUCCGGGAGGUUGAGAUGCUCUACCAGUGCCAGGGACACAGCAAUAUCCUCGAGCUGGUUGAGUUCUUUGAAGAGGAAGACAAAUUCUACCUUGUGUUCGAAAAACUCAGAGGAGGUUCAAUCUUGGCACACAUUCACAAGAGACAGCACUUCAGUGAGCAGGAAGCCAGUGUUGUCGUGCAGGACAUUGCCAGCGCUUUAGAUUUCCUGCACAACAAGGGAAUGGCACAUCGGGAUCUGAAGCCUGAAAACAUUCUCUGUAAAAGUGAGGACAAGAUUUCCCCAGUCAAGAUCUGUGACUUUGACUUGGGCAGCGGGAUAAAGCUGAACAGUGACAGCUCCCCCAUUUCCACCCCUGAACUUCUGACCCCUUGUGGCUCAGCAGAGUACAUGGCACCUGAGGUUGUUGAGGCCUUCAGUGAAGAGGCUACAAUUUAUGACAAGCGCUGUGACCUAUGGAGCCUGGGAGUCAUCCUCUACAUAAUGCUGAGUGGCUACCCUCCAUUUGUUGGCCGCUGUGGCGGUGACUGUGGCUGGGAACUGGGUGAGCCCUGCCACACCUGCCAGAACACUUUAUUUGAGAGUAUCCAGGAAGGAAAAUACGAGUUUCCAGAGAAAGACUGGGCUCACGUCUCCUCAAGUGCCAAAGACCUGAUAUCCAAACUACUGGUCAGGGAUGCCAAAAAUCGUCUGAGUGCCAGCCAGGUGCUGCAGCACCCAUGGGUGCAGGGGGGUGCCUCAGACACUUUGCCAACUUCCAUCCUACAUCAGAGAACCAGCAGUGCCAGGGAUCUGACGUUCUUCGCAGACAAGGCCAUGGCUGUGAACCGUCAGCUGGCUGAACAGGAUGGAAUGGAAGACCAGCAGCAACAGGAAGUCCAGUUUGUGACCAGCUCUGGCUCUUCUGUGCACCUUUCUCCUCCUUCCAACUCUAAGCUGGCCAGGCGCAGACAGCGAAGCGCCCAGCCAAAGGGUGGGCCUGUCUCUGCUGCAGAGCUUCGCCAGCUCUUGGCUCCUCUUGUCAUUGUAGGGGACUGUGCCUGAAAUUUGUUGACCCUGAAUUCCGACCUCGUGUUAAGAUUCAAGUCCAAAUCCAAGACUGCCCUGAGGCUCUCUCUUGUUCUGACCCCUCUCUCUGGUUAUAGUUGGCCUUUGUUUCUUUGUUAUUCAGGCUUUCUUGAUUACUUAUGAGGGGAGAUGCUGCUUGCGGCCACUUCCUCAAAAUGCCUUCUGCCCUUCUGCAGCAUUUCUGAAGCACAUCAGCACGGGACUUGCAUUAUUGCAACCACAAAUAUGUGCAUAUCCAGGUUGGGGGCGGGCGGUCAGGGAGAGAGAGAGAAGUAUUUUCUAAGUUAUGUUUUGUUUUUUUUUUUUUGUUUUUUUUUUCCUCCAGUACAACAGAGUGUAGAAGAAAUUGGAAGCAUUUAUUUUCAAAACAAAGCUCAGACACCAAAGGACAACCUGUUGUGCUGCUCCCACGUUACAACUUGAUCCACUGUGAAUUAAGUUAUCUGGAAUGUUCUCUUUGCCUGUAUGUAUUUGCAUGAUAUGCUGGUCAGCAGAUGCGUACAAGCUUAUGCAAUAUGCCAAGAUGAAGGCUGUUCCUGUCUUGAAGGGAUUCAGUAUAUGAGGUUGGAAGGGCUGUAAGCCAAUGCUGUCUGUGCCUGGUGCGGUCCAUUAUGUGGUCCAUUAUGUGGCUAGGGACUAUUCAAAGGUUUGCUUUUCUUUUUUGUGAUUGCAAACAAUCCAUGACAUGUUCCCGAACUACAAAUAUUUUUUUAUAUAUAUAUUUUUUUUUUUUUUCUACAGCUUGAUUUAUGCAUCAAUUUUAUCUUUACAUAUUUUGUGAAUAAAGGUUAAAAUCCCUUGUCAGGAGUUUGAAAAGCACAUUGUAAUGUUCCUAUUAAGACAUACCCCCUCCAGAUUUAUUACAAUAUAAAUUUUCAUCAAAAUUUGAUUAUAAAAAUAUUAAUGAUGAAAACAUUCCAAUGAAAUUAUUCUCCACAGAAGUUUUGCUGUAAUAAGUUUACUUCAUUUGUAACGUUUCAAAACUCCAUUUCAAUGUGCCACAAUGAUUUUAUUUCAUCCCCUUGUGUAGGUUUUUUUUUUUUUUUUUUUUUUUUUUUUUGAUAAAUAUAUAUAUGGUGAUUUCCAUGCAGGUGCUGUUCAGGUGAAACACCAUAUAUUGUUUUGUGUAUUAUAUAAUGUAUGUGUUUUUAGAGUAAGUUCAGAGUGUAUGGGGUGAGAGUUUUGAGUUGAUCUUAAGCGCACGUGCCCACUGAAGGUGAGGUUUAUUUUUUUAUCUCCAAGAGUUGGCAAUAAUUUUUUUUUUUUCAUCAGAUGAAAUAAAACUUAUUUUGAAGCUGAAAGGUAAUAGACUGGUGAUUAGGUUUCACAGGACUGUAGCCGUUUCACCAAAGAGUGUUCUAAGUCAUGCUAAUGGGAUCUAUGUGACAAGUGAGUGUCCUCAGACUGUUUCUGUCCUGUUGCCAGCUCUGGAGCAACGGUACACUGAAAUUGUUAUUGAUCAACCAUGUUAAAGCUGACGAUAGGACACUGUAAUAGUUCUUUAAAAAAAAAAAGGGUUUAUGUCUUAUAAUAAGACUUACUUGAAUUUGUGUAUGCAGCUGUUUCUUCUCCAUUUUGGAAAACUAUAUUGCUAUCAUUAAUUUCAAAGCAUUAAAAGCUGAUCAUGGCAAUCGUGGGUUUCAUGAAAAUACCAAUACAGUUCAGUAUUUUGUCUUUAUCUUCCUGUUUGAGCAUCACACAAGUGAAGCCCCUACAUUUUUAUGGGGAUGAAUUAAAAAAAAAAAAAAAAAAAAUGCGCACACUAUGGCCAUACUUGGUCAGAGUGAGUU